AUGGAGAUGGAAGACCCUCAAGAGGUGCAACAUAGAAGAGCACAGUUCUUGAUUCACAAGUCUCUACAGAAAUCAGAUUCCAUUGGAUCUCAGAGAAGGCAACCAAUAUGGUUGAAAGUGAAAGUGUGUAAGUUGAAGAUCAAGAUUGGAAGGAGACUAAAAAGGAUAAGGAAGAGCAUGUUGUUAAAAUUUUCAGCUACUAAAGGUCAUUUUGUUUAUUACAAGCAAUUAAUUUGCCAGUUGAAAUAUUGGAAGCGCUUGAUUAAGGGUAGAGAGACAGCUAUGGCUAAACUUCCACCCAUGUUCACUUGA